UGGUCGGGUUGAAUACUUGUAGCAGCCUGGUCCUCAGAGUUUCUUGCUGCCUGCAUACAGCUGUCCUGUAAAUUCACUGUCAGUGCGCUACAAACAACACGCGUUUAAACUGGUGUUCAACUCUUCCUUUGACUUCUUAACUUAAACCAUCUUAAUUUUAUUAUGGCAAAGUGGGGAGAGGGAGACCCGCGAUGGAUUGUGGAAGAAAGGGCAGAUGCAGUAAAUGUCAAUAACUGGCACUGGACAGAGAGAGAUGUGACAAGCUGGUCUCAAGAUGUGAUCAAUAACCUCCUCCUUGGAAUUCGCGCAGAAGGUGAAGAAGGCUUGUGCGAAAUCACAGAUGUCAGCAAUAUAGAUGGCGAGGCCUCUAUCAAUAACCGCAAGGGAAAACUCAUCUUCUUCUAUGAGUGGAAUGUAAAAGCCACAUGGACCGGAACAAAUAAAAAGGGAAUAAAAUAUAAAGGGACUGUGGAAAUACCAAACCUCUCUGAUGAAAAUGACAUGGAUGACUUAGAUAUCUGUGUUACGGCUUGUAAAGACCAACCAAGCACGCCUUUGACUGAUCUCAUGAGGAAGGAGGGUGCCAAGAAAAUCAGAGUGGCACUGGGUGACUACGUGAAACAUCUCAAAACAGAAUUCUCUCAGGGUAUGAUUUUACCAACAGCAAAUGGACUUAGUAAACAGAAUCAGGAGGCACAAACCAAGGUGAAGCUGGACAAAACCCAGACUGGAGCAUCCACCACAGCUAACACUCCUAACAGUGGAGUCAAAAUUCAAACAGUGAUGUUCAGUAUUAAAGAGACUUUUCUUACCUCACCUGAAGAGUUGUACAGGGUUUUUUUAAGCCAAGAGAUGGUACAGGCAUUUACACACCUUGCUGCUAUUGUGGACGGGUGUCCGGGUGGCAAGUUUCGGCUGCUGGAGGGAAACGUGCAUGGACAAUUUGCAGAACUGGUUCCUGAUCAGAAGAUUGUCAUGAGAUGGAGAUUUUCAUCCUGGCCAGCAGGACAUGCAUCAACAGUCACUUUGAACUUUGUGGAUCGAGGCAAUGAGACAGAGCUGACUAUGGAGGCCAGAGGAGUUCCCAGCAAUGAAGAGGAAAGAAUGAAGGAGGGCUGGCAGAGAUAUUAUUUUGAGGCCAUUAAACAGACAUUUGGUUAUGGAGCACGACUCUAAAUCAAGACCAAAGUGUGUUCAUGUUGUGCCAAAAACUACAGAAAUACAAACACUGCAAAAAAUGACUCUCUUACUUAAUAUUUUUGUCUUGUUUUCAGUAGAAAUAUCUAAAAAUUCUCAAAUUAAGAUGUUUUUUCUUGAUGAGGAAAAUGACCUAAGAAAAUUAGUCUUAAUUCUUUUAACAAUUUUUAUAUAUUUUUACUGAUAACCAGGGGAAAAUACUAAGUAAGACAGUAAAAUAAUACAAAAUCACAUCGCAAUUAUGUAUUGUAAACAACACUUUAGUAUGUCCUGCACCUUAUAGUUAUUUGUUGGAUUUCCGCAAACACCUGUGCCUUGUUACAGAAAAAAAGAAAAAUUGGUGCUUGGAUUCUUUUUAUAUUUGUUCCUGCAUAAGCUUUUGUUGUUUUUGAAUGUAAGAUAUAUGUUUGAAUGUUGUACCUGGGAAAGCCAGACAUGAAUAAUGAACUUUCUUUAAAACACAGUGUUUUUUAAGUAAUAUAUUGAUAUAUACAAUGUUAUGCAAGAAUGAAAAAGAUUUAUCUAAUAAAUUUUAAUAAGCUUU